CAGUCCUCUCUUCAUUCGAGAUUACUCGGAGCUCUUACUAUUACUUGGAUUACCAGGUCAUGACGUCGCUUCUGACUCUCCCGAACGAGCUACUUCAAAACAUCGCCUGCUAUCUCCCGUGCUCCGCCAUCCUCAAAUUUAUACGAGUUAAUCGGCGGCUACAUGAAGCCUGCAAUGACCGCCUUGUAUAUCAAUUCGUUGCCAAAAACACACUGAAGCAGGACUCCGAAGCAACCAAACACUUGCACAAGAUAUCUUCUCGUACCAACAGAUCAAACGUGUGCUCGGGGCAGCUGGCAUGGCCCGAGGGUGAUCAAUUCCUACAAGAGUUAUCUCUGGCGAAGACUAUACGUGUUGCCUACGCAGUCGAACAAUGCGUUGCUGCAUUAUGUAAGAAGGACCCUGAAUGGACGCUCAAGAUUCGGAAGGGAACUACAUUGCUCGAUAUCAGCGACUGGCUGCCUCACAUGUUGGCUCUAAAUCAUCCUGCGGGAUGCGACCUUGAUCCUGCUACUUUUUUUCGGGUCCAAGGCGAGCUGAGCGUCCCUGUUUCCAUAUUCCUCCGCUCUUACUCGACGAAACGUAUGCUAUCUUGGUCGCGAUGGGACUCUGAAGAUAAAGCGCACAGAGUCAGACAACACACGGCGGAAUUCAUCAACGCUAGCUUCAUCUUGAGUUAUACAACUCUUCAGCGGUUCAGAACUGCCAGGGAACAAAAGGAGCUUAUGCAUGUUAUCCUUUCAUUUCAGCACCCUUCCGAUCGCAUUAAGAUGGAGGAAGAAUCUAUAAGUGCACGGAGUGAUGCCGAGGAAGUCAUUCGGCAAGCAAGAAUAAAUUUAGCCGAUCGCGUACCCGGCAAAUUCAAACGCGACCUCUCUCUAGCGCAGGCUAUGGCAUUGCUCCCAUUCAUCAUCAUCCUGAUGGUUACCCGAUUCCGCGGGACGAUACAUAUAGUAGCACAACUUCCAAUGCCAGCAAAGAUACCAUUCCACACCUUUAUGGAUAUACCGGCAGCGUUGUAUAAUACCGCUGAGACUUUCAAUACAUGUCAUAUACGCGAAAUGACCAAACCCACAUUUCUCUCCGGACGAUGGAGGGGAGCUUAUAUCGAUCAUACGGGUUCUCAUGGUAGGCAGUUCGACCCCAUUAUGCGCCACAUGAACAUCGCUGCUCGUUUACCAACUGAAGAGGAGGCAGCAAAAUCGGAAGCCAAAGUAGUCAUUGAUUGGCAAAGUCGAGGCAUUGAUUACCUUGGAUAUUUCUUGCUCUGGGGUUUUAUUUUAGAAGACGGGAGGGUACACAUAGUAAAGCGGAAUAUGUUGCGGCGCUUGGUCUGGAAGUGGUCUGGUCACAUGACCCCAUUUGGAAUUAUCGGUGUAUGCAAGCAAUUGAAUUCCUCUGAAGUUGAAGGCCACUUCUGGAUCUGGAAGGAGGAGUGGUGUUAGUCACCAUACGUUGGUGAGAUAUCAUAAAGAUGGGCUGCACCGUAACCUAAUAUUGCAACACUAAGUGACGGAUAUCGGGGGUAAGUGAAUGGUUUUGGAGAGUAUGGAGUGCGUUGAGCAUGAGACAGCAAAAGCCUUGUAACAUAUUAUGCUAGAGAGAGAAGAAUAAAUUAUAAAGCUCAA